UUGUGCUGCCUCAACCCCAACCAAAAGCAGGGCUCUGGGACCUCCCCCCCCCCCCCCCCCCCCCCAAAGCUUCACAGCACCUUUGGCAGGUGUGGGCAUUUUCCAUGUAUAUCCUCUACUUCUUCAUAACGACCUGGACCCAGCACUGCGCAAACUGUAUGUGAAGAAGAUGGCAAAAAGCAAGGGGCAAGGCAGGGAGCAACAGGGAAGCAGGUUUUACAGCACUGAAAACCAAAGGCAAGAGGCUGUGAAGGCAUGGGCUGAUGCCAGCGUGGCAGGAGAAGGGAAGCAGCUCCCAGCUAGUGUCUGACUCUGGACACCCCAAAAGGUGCUUCACAAUGCCGGCCGGCCUGGAGAAAGCUUGUCACCGGUGCAUAUCCAAAAUUGCCAGCAAUGCAUGCUUUAUAUUUGGGCUCCUUGCUUUCCUGGCAUUACCGUUGUCCAUGACUUUUACAGGAAUGAAGUUUUUGGAAGACUGCCCAGUUCAGCCACUAAUUCCAUUAUAUCUGCUGGUGGGUGGCGUGAUUGGCAGCUUAAAGGUGACCCUUCUGCUGUACGACUCAACCAGGAUGAGGCAGCUGCUUUCCAAGUCUGUUGUGAUUGAUGAUGAUGACGACGACGAAUAUCCCUGGAGGCAGAACGCUCACAAAUACUACAUCCAUCUAACCCUCAGCCUCUUCCUCUUCCUCUGGUUCAUUCUUGGGAACUACUGGGUUUUCUCCGUGUAUCUGCCAAAUUUCAUCCCACCCUUCCACCAGCCUCAGGAUUACUGUGACAAAACCCUGUACAUUUUUGCUGUUGGUGUUCUCAUUAUUAGCCAUACCGUUCUCUUUCUCCUUAUCUUUUGUAGCUGCUGCAUAUACUGUUUUUCCAGGCAAAGAUACUCUCCUGAGGAAGACUAAAGGCCACAGAAAUUAAGCUCCAGAUGUUUGGGAAAGGGUGUACAAUGAAGAAAAGGCAAUAAUUCACCCUCGUGUGUAUCUUUGUUGUACUAUAGAUAUGUAUGUUAGCAGUCAACUGCAAGAGGAAAAUGUAAAAUACAUUCCAGUGCCAUCUGGAAAUAGCUAAGCUGGAACACAGCACAUUCGAUGUAAAAUUGCUGCUACAGAUGCCAGGGUGCACUCUUGCUAACUUCUAUAUCUCUUUUUUAACUCUUGGGUUUUCUAUUUGUAGUGUCAAGUUCUGCAGUAAGCCCUUGCAGAUGACAAGCU